UUGGCAGACGAAAGGUUUUAGCAACGAUGGAAGAUAACUCCCAAAAAGGAGAUGGUUCGGGUGACACGGGAUCGAAAACAGAUGCGGGUGACGGAAAAGAUAUUAAUCUUGGGGACAGUAAGGCAUGCUUGCCUCAGAAGACGACACUAACACCACAAACUCCGAACACACCAGCUCCCGGUGCAAGCGGUGAUGUCGGACAUGCGAGUGGACUGGAAAUCGAAAGAGACAGUAAUGGUGGUAAUGUAUCCCCAGCAAAUGUGCCUACCCCAGUUGAGGGUAACACAUCGGAAAAUACUGCCAGUGGUCACAGUGACAACUCUUGCCACUCAGGCAAAGGACAAGAACAAGUACAGCCGAAUUCUUCUUUAGUAGACGAUACUAUAGACAAAUCCGAUCUAACAAAUUCUGAUCCAACAACAUGUAAAUCUGACCCGUCGGAUAACCAGGAGAGUUCAGAGGAAAAAGCUGGUGUUGUAGAAGGGACUGACAAUAAACAGCGACAAGUAGAGUCUCCAGGAGAUGAAAAAGAAUCUUUUGCUGCUAGUAAAAGCGGAUCCGAAAUCCCUGAAGCUUCCCUGUUAUAUACUUCCACUUCUUCAGAAAGUUUGCCACAUUUCUCAAAACAAACUGUCACGAAAACACAACAGCGGCCAGCUUUUAAUACAGAAGAGUCAUCAAGUGAAUGUAAAAACGACAGUGUGGCAAAAGAUAAUAUUGAGACUUUAUCUGCACAUAUAGCUGACAGUGAGAAUAGUGUAACUAAUGCUCCUGAAACAAUUCAGUCUAAGAAAUCUGGUGUCACAGAUCAAAAUCUAGUAGAAGAAAGUCAAUCUCGUGUAAGUCAUGAACAUGAGAGUUUGACAUCAGGAAAAGAAAAAUGCCAGGAGGAAAAGUUUGAAUUAAUAAAUACAAAUCCAGCUUGCACAGAGGAUACAUCUUUACUGCCAGUAUGUGGAGAUUCAACAGAAAAGUCACAAAGUGAAGAACUUUUAGGCACAGGCACAGGAGACACUGAAAGCCCUUGUUUAGACACAUCUAAAACAGCAGAGAGGGAUGAAGAAGGUAAUGCUGAGGCAGACAAAGAUAUAAUAAAAGAUGAUGAACAAGUAGAGGAGAUGGAAGUGGGUGGUGAUGGUGAACAACCAGUUGAUGAACCACCUGGUGAAAAUGAACCACCUGGUGAAGAUGAACCGCCUGGCAAUGACGAACCACCUGGCGAUGAUGAACCGCCUGUUGAGGCUGAGGAUGCCUCCAGUGAUGUAGCCAGCACUGGGAACAACCGUAAACGCCAUGGCAGUGGAAGCAGUGUGGCAACAUUUGAUGACUCUGAUUGUCAUGGGGCGUUCCCUGCAGCCAAUCUGUUUGAGUAUCAGUGGCCUCAGGAGACUGGUGCAGAGUGGUACAUGCUACAGGAGCAGAUCUCAGAGUUCCUGGCCGUCAAAUCCUUCAAGAGGAAAUACCCAGAUCUUCAGAGACGAUCUGUGGACAUGAAUGAGAAGGUGUUCCUGAAGGACAGAGGGGUUGUAUCUGAGACACAGUGUGACUUGGGUUUAACAGCGCUGAAGAGCGAGGAAGUUCUGGAUCUCAUGAUUCGUGACUAUCCAAUGAGAUAUCGAGAAUAUGCAGCUGUUCUGCAUGAAAAAGAACGACAAACCAUCAGUGACAAGCACAAGGAGUAUGAUGUUCCAAAGUUUGAGAAGAGCAAGUUGGCAGAUUACAUGAAGAAAGCUGUGAAGUCUGCAGCAGAGUUCAACGUGCAAUUCCAGAGAGAGAGGAGAGAAGACAGGCGAGCCUAUUUUGACCUCCAGACUAUGGCAAUCCAUUACCCUCAAGGCAAAUACAAAGUGGCUCCCCCUGAAGCCACCAAGGUGAGCCCCUAUCCAGUGGCUCUGAUCCCUGGACAGUUCCAAGACUAUUACAAAGAGUACACACCUGGAGAAUUAAAAUACCUCCCUGUGGGUACAGCUAUCUAUGGACCACCCAAGAAGUUCAAGGAUAUUCUGGCCAAUCCAUCGACAGGUGAUACAUCAGAUGACACAGCAGAGGAAAGUGGAGAGGACCAAGGGGGCUCUGAUUCUGGCAGUGAUGACGGAGACUCCAGUGAGGCAGAGAGUAUGGGUGUGGCUCCUUUACCUACACCACCCCCAGCUGAGGAUGUCAAACCAGCUACACCCAAUGGUGGUGCCAAGGCAGACAAACAGAAGCCAUCAGCCACUGCUCGUCAACAGCAGCCGACGGAACCUGUGGCUCCAACUCAGGAGGAGCCUAAGAGAGAAAAAAAGGAAGAGAAGGAGGUUGAGAAAACCUGUCGUAUUUGUAAAACUGGUGAUGACAAAGUGAGGGGCAAAGUGGAAGAUCUAGUGCAGUGUUCAGAGUGUAAAACUUCAGGUCACCCCACAUGUUUGGAGUUGACCACAGAGAUGAUCGCUGUCAUUAAGACUUACCCCUGGCAGUGUAUGGAGUGUAAGACCUGUGUGGAGUGUAUGGACCCCUAUGAUGAGGAUAAGAUGAUGUUCUGUGACCGCUGUGACCGUGGCUACCAUACCUUCUGUGUCGGGGUGAAGAGUAUACCCACGGGCAGGUGGGAGUGUCCAAGCUGUAAAGACAUGCCCAGUAAACCGAAAAAAUCAAGACGACAAACAAGACAAAAUGGUGUUCCCUCUCCAAAGCCUGCAGUAUCCAAUUAACCAAUAAUGCCCCAUUAACACAAAUUUAUCUCAACUUUCUAAUAAUGGAGGGGUUGUGUGAUUCUGAUUACCAACAUUGCUACCCUCACCUUCAUAUACAUAUAUAAAUACAUGUCAUGGCUUCUAUCCAUGUCUUUCUCAUGCUUUCCUUUAACAAGGAAAAAAGUGGAAAAUAAAAAUUUCCAUGUUUCAUUUCAUCGGCGAAUCGGUACGCCUUCAUUGUCACUCAUGAUGUGUAGACUGUUGAGGUCAUUAUUGUAGAUGUUGCGUGCUCAGUGUGUGGACCUCUUACUUUCAUUUAACAUGUAUAUGUACAAUCUUGUCUGGAUCAUCCUCCGAUCUGGAAUCAAUAAUAAAGUUUUUAUUAUUGUCAGUUAAGUUUUGUUUUCUUUCAUAUACGUGUGGUACCCUAACUGUGAAUGUGGUUUUUAAUACAGCAUUUGACCAGUUUGAUUUAUUUUUAGACUAUUUUUAAGUUGUACUCAAGAAUGUUCCAUUUGUACAGUUGCAGUGAGAUUAAUGGGUACCGUAAUUCUACAACCUUUUUGCAUGUUUGCAAGGUAUUUAUUCAAGCAUAUUCUGAAGGCAUUAUUCUGUGUAGACGGAUAAAAUUGUACUUUUUGUGAAGCCCUGAAACUGGCCAAUCCAACCUAUGUUUCUUUGUUUCCAAA